UUUGACCGGCCCUCUUAGCAACGAAUGGCUUGGCAAAUGGCACUACCUACUUUCACCGCCGUCUUCCUCAGCACCUCAUACUGCUUCAAAACCAAAUCAAUAUUCUUCUCCGGGAUCUUGAAGAGCGUCGUCCGCUUGACAUAACCGCUCGACAUGGUGGAAUACAAUCGUGCUGACGCUAGCUUGGGCACCGACGACUUGAGAUGCAUUGAAGUGAAAGCAGGCUUUGUCGAGAUAAGAAAGGGCAAACUAUGUCAUUUGUUCCUUGAUACAUUGUGAUAGUUUGAGGGAUCCGCAGCGAUGCCAAGCUUUGGAGCCAAGUGUUCGACAACCUUUUUUUUAGUGACGACGGCGCUGCAGAUCAUGCGGUCGUGGGGACGACAUCCAGCAUCUCGUUCCGCUCUGCCCGCAGAAAUUGACAAAACAUCCAAACGCCUCUUCCGUGGAUGCAGAGCCACCUAUCUCCUCUGCUUGGCAGUCUCGGCCGAAUGUGCACGCUGGUUGACUUACCCGUAUGCAGAUCGCCCAAACCACGCAAGCGAGUGCUCCCUCACCAGUUUCAAUGCUUUCAUCCUGGAGCGAAGUGAAGUGUUUACUGCAACGCCACUGACAGAUUCACCGCGCCCUGGCCAUGCUGGCAAGACCGCCGUGCUCCCCCUGGCCCAGGUGCGCGCCGUGGAGUGCCAUUGUCUAUGCUCGUCCAGCGGCUACAUGUACGCCUUGCGGUUGUGUCACUUGGUGCCCGGUUGUGUCACUGCUUGCUGCCGGUAUCGCUCAUAUCCGGUCUUGCCUGACCGCUACGCGAACAGCCAAUCAGCAUCCACCCAAAGCGCAUGACACAGCCGAAUGACGCGCCAGGGCAAGCAAGGCUGGCCCCAUUUGCUCCAUAUUCUAUCCCAGACUUCCUUCUGCUAUUUCCUUCUUUGAGCGGAUCUUCACCACAGACUCGCCGGGAUGAUGUUUGAUUGGUCACCAGCGUCCAUGCUUGCAUGCAUCCGGUGGUAUGCUACUUUUAUGCACAACCCAACUGCCGUCGAUACUCGUUG